UUCCACCUAAAUCAAGCUUUCAUCGUUGCCAAGGCGCGGGAGACAAAUCAAUUAUGGCAAUUUCAUCUACAAUCCUCUCAUGUCUCCACAACAUCUGUUGCUAAUGUUCUGUGUGCAAUUCUAGCAUUUACAGCAUUGAAAGUUCUUUGGAAAAUAUUUUAUAACCUCUAUUUUCACCCUCUCAGCAAAUUUCCUGGUCCUAAAUUCGCAGCCAUGACGUUUCUCUAUGAGUACUACUUUGAUCUCAUCAGAAAUGGCACUUACAUAUGGGAAAUUGAAAAGAUGCAUGCCAAGUAUGGUCCUAUCGUGCGUUUCAAUCCUAACGAACUACAUAUUAAGGACUCUUCGUUUCACGAUGAGAUAUACUCCUCGGGUCUUCGAAAGACCGAUAGAGACCCGAACCAGACAGCUGGAUUUGCCUCUCCAGGGUCGUUGAUCAGCACUGUUCACCAUGACCGUCACCGAUUACGUCGUGGGCUGAUAAACAACUUUUUCUCCAAGCGAGCUGUGGUGGCCUUAGAGCCUUCUAUCCUAGAUCAGAUUUCGAUUUUGAUGACACGAUUUGAGGAAGCAAAGAAGAAAAACACUGUUGUUUGCCUAAAUGGUGUAUUUGCUGCGCUCACAGCUGACGUUAUUUCCGAGUACUCGUUUGAUAUGAGCUUUGACUUUCUUAAAAGUGAGGCGGAUACAAAUGACCUACAGCAAGCGGUUGAGGGCUCGUCAAAGAUGUAUCAUGUUUUGCGAAUUCUUCCGUUACUUCAUCGCUUUAUCGCUGAUAUCCCGCUAUGGUUGAUGAAAAUGUUGUUCCCAGAAGGGGCUAAGCUUCUCGAAGUACAGCAGUCCAUUCGGAAACAGUGUGUCGAGUGCUUGAAGGACUCAUCUGCUGCCAAGGGCACUACUGAAUCUAUCUUCAGCACUCUGGCAGAUCCUUCAACCCCCGCAGAGGAAAGAACAGCUGAUCGAUUGACUAAUGAAGCGUGGGUUGUUUUAGCUGCGGGAAUGGAGACCACAGCACGGACGCUGUCAGUUGGGAUGUUUCACCUACUUAACAAUAAGGUCAUGAUGCUGAAACUCCGUGAAGAGCUCAAAAAAGUUAUGCCCAAACCGACAAGCCAUAUAACCUGGUCUCAGAUUGAGCAUCUCCCAUUCUUGAAUGGUGUAGUACAUGAAGCCUUAAGACUUUCAUACGGAGUUGUAUUUAGAUCAGCUCGAAUUGCCCCAACGGAAGCCAUAGUCUACCACGAUCGCGUCAUUCCUGCAGGAACUCCAGUCAGCCAGUCCGCUUAUUUUGUUCUCACGGACCCCAAGGUUUUUCCAGCUCCUUUUGAAUUUCAACCAGAACGGUGGAUAGAGGCCGAGUCGCAGGGAAAAUCUCUAAGUCGAUUCUUUGUGACUUUCGGCAAGGGAACCCGACAAUGCCUGGGCAUGAAUCUAGCGAACUGCGAAUUGUAUUUGACCAUUGCACACAUAGCCCGUCGAUUUGAUAUGGAGCUUUAUGAGACAGGGCCAGAGUGUAUCGAGGUCAAGCGUGAUCAUUUACUCGGAUAUCCGAAAGCAGAUGGGGCAAAGGUUAUGGCUAAAGUUAUUGGGAUUGUAGAG